UACAGCAUGCCGUAUUCCGGCAAGUUCAGAGAGAUUACACGUGAAUGCGAGAGAACACGGACCUUUAGUUGUUCUGGCUCCAUGCGGUGAAGUUUACGAGUCUGGGCCGACAGGAUGCUGUAUCUCAUCGGCUUGGGGCUCGGAGACGCCACCGACAUCACGGUGAAGGGUCUGCAGGCGGUGAAGAGCUGCUCCCGGGUUUACCUGGAGGCCUACACCUCCAUCCUGACUGUGGGAAAAGAGGCACUGGAGGAGUAUUAUGGGAAGCAGCUGAUCCUGGCAGAUAGGGAUCUGGUGGAACAGGGAGCUGAUGAGAUCCUGAAGGACACAGAUGUAACUGACGUAGCCUUCCUGGUGGUGGGUGACCCGUUUGGAGCUACCACUCACAGUGACCUUGUCCUUAGAGCAGUGAAUGCUGGAAUACCAUACAAAGUCAUCCAUAAUGCUUCCAUCAUGAACGCAGUGGGCUGCUGUGGUCUGCAGCUGUAUAACUUCGGCGAGACUGUUUCGGUGGUGUUUUGGACAGAAACGUGGAGACCUGAAAGUUUCUACGACAAAAUCUGUAAAAACAGAGCAGCUGGACUGCACACGCUCUGCCUUUUAGAUAUUAAAGUCAAAGAACAGAGCAUAGAGAACAUGAUGAGAGGGAAGAAGAUCUAUGAGCCUCCUCGCUUCAUGACCGUCAGUCAGGCUGCAGAUCAGCUGAUUCAGAUCAUCCAGAGGAGGAGGGAGGAAGGGGGAGAGCUGGGUGUAACAGAGGACACAGUGUGUGUCGGUUUGGCCCGGCUCGGCGCGGACGACCAGGUAAUCCGGACGGGGAUGUUACAUCAGCUGGUGUCAUGUGAUCUCGGUGGUCCGCUCCAUUCGCUGGUGGUCACUGCCCGACUCCAUCCGCUAGAGGUAGACAUGCUGCGGGUGAACGCCGAACCGGACGCACUGCAACACCUGCGAAUGAUCGACAGCUCCACAUACACAUCCUAACACCUGAUGGACCGCCUGUUUUAUCAGGGGCUUUUUAAACGUAUCUGCCAGAAAUCCUCCAGAGGACGGGCUCAAACCCAAUUCAUCAAACCAGAACCGUUUGAUCCUGUUCAAAUCUGUCAAACUAAUGUGGGCUUGUCGGCACUUAGAGCCUCCUGCAGCUGUUUUGUAAACAUCAAUAAAGAUAAAAAUGAAUAACUGA